UCAAAACAGAAAAGUUGGGGAGGAGAAAGAGAAGAGAGUGAAAUAGACACAGACAGCAACACCGCAGCACAGGAGGACAGAGGGACAGAGGGACGGAGGGACAGAGACGGAUAAACAGCAGGAGAGUGAAGGAUUUUCAAAUCCAGUGAGCUGAGCGAGAGGAAACGAUCUCUGCUGCAUCCUUGAAGAAGAGUGAGUGAGGGAGACAUGACGUGAGCGGGGGUGACAGAGGGGAGAGAUGAGUGACACAGUGGGGAGACCAAAAAAAAAAAUAUCAAGGGGGCUAAAAAGGAUCCUUGGACGGUUGACAAAAUAAGAGAUUUGCUCUCUUGAAAACAUGACUGAGCGUGACAGCAACAGCUAGCACUGAUUCAGGUCAGUGGUUCCUGUUUCUGUCACAGAGGGGAAAGAAAAAGGGGAAGAAAAGCAAACAGGGACAGGUAAUAAAAAACAUAAUGAGUGAUAGACGGGAAAAGAAAAGAGGAUUUGUUUCAGAGCGUAUGCGUGCUUCUCUCUCUCUGUAGUAGAAACUUUGAAUAGAGGGAGUGGGGGAGAGACGGAGAGGGAGACUCAAACACCAAAAAAGGUCUGGAGUCAGAGCUGGAGAAAUCGCAGGCUUGACAGAUGCUGCAGAGCCACGGGAGAGAAUAAUAAGGAGAGACAGAUAGACAGAGAGAGGAGGGGACUGACAUAUAAAGACAAGAGAGACAGGAGAGAAAGGAAAAAAAGUGACAGUAAAGAAGAAGUUGGGAAGACGAGGAAACAUGAACUGUUAAAGAGGAUGUUUGCAUAGAAAACACUCCUGUUGUGAUCAAGCAGAGGCAGAAAAGGCAGGUCAGGAGGGGGGGGGUGGGUUAGGUGUGAUCCGGAAAGAGAUCCUGAGAGGGAGGGGGGUGCAGGUUGGGGAGGGUGGGGGUGUUGGGCCGUUACUGUAAAUGUGAUUCUCAAGAGGCCGAGCAGAGCAACUGUAAACCAAGAGGAAGAUCCCGCUUGUCUGUAAACCCGACACACCAUGGACACCAGAGUUUCACCGCAACUUUAAAGCAGACAAACCCCUCGCCUGUCCGGCGCCAUGUCAACGGGCCCUGGCCUUGGUGCACCUGACCUGGCCGAGGGCCCCCAGACCACGGGGCCCGUUGGGCUCCAGACACUGUUGGACCUUUUGGUGGGCGUCUAUCAGGAGUUCUACUCCUCGCCCUUCGCAAGGGAGAAAUAUGUCUCUGGUUUCCUGCAGUGGGCUGAGCCCCUGGUGAGGCAGGUGAGACGGACUCGCAUCAAAAGAGAAGACUUUCACAUCCUGAAGGUGAUCGGCCGAGGCACAUUCAGUGAGGUUGCUGUGGCGAGGAUGCGAAGCACACAACAAGUGUAUGCUCUGAAGAUUAUGAAUAAGUGGGACAUGCUGAGGCGAGGAGAGACAGCGUGUUACCAGGAGGAGAGGGAGGUUUUACUGAGGGGAGACAGAUGCUGGAUCACAGAGUUGCACUACGCCUUCCAGGACGACAACUAUCUGUACCUGGUGAUGGAUUACUACGUAGGUGGGGACCUGCUGACUCUGCUCAGUAAGUUUGGAGACCGAAUCCCGGAGGACAUGGCUCAGUUCUACCUGGCUGAGAUGAUCAUGGCCAUCGACUCCGUCCACAGACUGGGUUAUGUGCACAGAGACAUCAAACCUGACAAUAUCCUGCUGACGGCUGAAGGACACAUCAGACUGGGGGACUUUGGUUCCUGUCUGAGGCUCCUGGAGGACGGGAUGGUUCACUCGUCCCUGGCAGUCGGGACCCCUGACUAUUUGUCUCCAGAAAUUUUACGGGCAGUGGAGGGAGGCGGGGGUUAUGGUCCUGAAUGUGACUGGUGGGCUCUGGGAAUCUGUGCCUACGAGAUGAUGCUGGGGACCACGCCCUUCUACGCAGAGUCCAUCUCUGAAACGUACGCCAAGAUCAUCCACUUUCAGGAGUAUUUUGAGUUUCCUCCGUCUGGUCCUGAGAUUUCAGACAAGGCUCGCUCCUUCAUCACGGGGCUCAUCUGCGAGAGGGAAGUCCGUCUGGGGAGGAAAGGCUCCAGUGACUUCAGGAGUCAUCCCUUCUUCUUGGGACUCGACUGGGGCUCGCUGCAUAAAGUCCCCGCCCCCUUCCUGCCCGAAGUGUCCAACCCAACCGACACCUCCAACUUUGACAUUUUGGAUGACUGUCUCAGUGAAAUGGAGACGCUGUCUGACGUGAUGGACAGAGCUCCAGUCGGAGUACACUUGGCUUUUGUUGGAUACUCUUACACAGCUACCUGUCAGACGGGGGCCAUCGACCGCAGUCAAGACAUCAUGAUGCAGAUUGACCACACAAGGCUCAGGGACUGUGAGAGUCUCUACAAACCGGAGAAACUGAGUCAGCUGUGGCAGCUCACAGAUACGCUACAAGACGGCCUUCCUGCACUGCUGGAGCUCCCGCUCACCCUGGAGCAAGGUCCGACUGCAUCCACCCACACCACCACUGAGGAGGAGGAGGAGGAGGAGGAGGAGGAGGAGGAAGAGGAGGAGGAGGAGGAGGAGGAGGAGGAGACUGACCAAACAUCAGGACUCGACGAAAGCUUGCAGAGGCGGCUCCAAGAGGCAGAGAGGAGAUAUUGCGAGCUGGAGAAAGAAAUGGAGAGAUUGAAAGGGGAGAUGCAGGACUGGAGAGCCCCCAAAGAGACAGCACUGAGUAUCUGCCCAGCAUCCCUUGCUCUGCCUGCCCACUGUGUGGACGCACCAGGGGAUAGGGAGAGAGCGCCCCCAGGCUGCCAUUACCCGCUGGUGAUUCCUCUCCACCGCCACCUGCUCCUGUUCCACAGGGUCCGCCUGCCACAGGUGAAGAGUGAGUCGUACCUGCUGGUGUGUGCAGAAGGGGGGGAGCUCCAAGUCUGGGAGAGACACUGUAACACUGAGCUCUCCUGAAUGUGCCUUAAAGUCAGCACAUGCCGACUUCUCCCACUAUGUCAGGACGAAGGACUGAGCCCCUGCUCCACUCUCACUCCCUGCCCCACUCCCCAGCACCCCAAACUUUCCAACAUAAAGGAAAUGAAAACGAGAGCUGCUGGGAGUGACAUGACCGUGCGAGAUUUUAAAACUGAUGUGAUGGGAAAGGUAGGUCAAAGCACUGGGAGCUAAUGAGGAAGAAAUGACGAGGACUUCUUCUGACCUGCUCACCAGACUGAAAGUCACGGACAGAGAUGCACUGAGCUGAGAGAGCACACGGAGGAAAGACUUUAAUGUGUGACGAUGACAAUGAUGUUUGAGUGACACAGAAAGAGGCCAGGAUCUCUUGUGUAUCAUUUAACUGCACCUCGGGGUGGUUUGUUCUUGUGUUGCACUACUGUAGGCAUGUUUUUGCUGUGCCUGUUUUAGUUUUCAAAGGUUAUUGGUCUGUAUAUUGACUUGAGUCAUAGCACCACAGGCUCUCACGGUGUGAAAGGUAAAGGUAAAUAAAGGCAAAUAUAGUUGGGUGGAAGAUGUGUUGCAUAUAAAGUUAAAUAGAAAGCAUAGACAUAAUUCAGGCAGAACUCUCAAGACAUUAUGUUUAAGCUGGUUGACAUUAGCUGUUUUAUUCAUGCUUCACUAUGACCAGCGGAAAAGUAACACCCACUAAUCUUUACACAGGUAGUGCUGCCAUUAUAACCAGGCAUGUAUUGCUUAAGCUAGUCCAAAGUCCCCCAAUACAACCCUACUUCUGAUGAAAGUGAUGUCUGUAUUACGCUUUUUUUUCUUGCAUUUUUAAGACUCCAUGCCAGUGAUAGCGUGGGCGGGAGGCGUUGUGUAUUUAGGUUGGCCAUCUGUCCAUACGUGUGUCCCAUACUUGUGAACACGAUAUCUCAAGAACACCGUACAAGAAUUUCUUCAAAUUUUUUGGUGGUCAACGGUCAAAG